AUGUCAACAUCAGAGAACACAACAACUGCUAUCGUUCAUGAAGCCAUAAAUGAAGAAUAUGAGUGGGUUCAGUUUAACAAACAGUUACGUCUCAUUCGUUCGGUCAAAGAUGACAUGUACCAAAUGCAAAGUAUUUUGACAGCAUGUUUUGCUCCAGAUACUAAACACGCAGACGACUGGUUCAAAAACCAAAGCACACAAGAACUUUUGAGUGAAAUUUCUCUAGACCGAGAAUUCUCGGCCUUGCAUAAAACACAUGAAAAUCGUAAAAAUUUGCCAAUAAAUUUAAGAGGAUAUUAUGUUCAUAGACUUCUCGUAAAUAAUGUGGCACAAUGGGCUUCAGCUCGCUAUUCAUGGUAUGUUUGUAAACUUCUUGACGAAAUUCAUAGACAAGAACGUGAAGAGAUGGAAAAGAAACUUCAUGCAAAAGAUGAAGUCAUUGAAGCAAAAGACAAAAGCCUUCAGAAAAGAAUACCACGUUCGGUACCAAAAGGAAAGGAAAAGAACUAUAAGUAUAUGAUUUAUACUGAAGAGAUGGAAAAUGAAGAAGACAGAGAUAUGGUUAUGUUGCAUUUAGUCAGAAGAAACAACAAAAGCUUUUACGACCUUGCUAAGAUUUACAAAUCUGACAGAAAUUGGUUCUAUCGCGAAAACUUACCGAUUUCAAUGACACCAAAUGAAGAUGUGAAACAAAUAGUUCAAGAUACGUUACCUCAAACACACUAUGAUAUUAAAGGUUGUACAAUUUUUACCUUCAAAGAAGAUUUGCCAUUGUUAAAGGAAAAAAUAACAGAGUAUUUUGACAACUUCAAACAAGUAGGGUAA